GCGAAAAUGAUAAACGUGAGGAUGUGUUUUAGUGAAUCAAUGAGUAAAACGUCCCGUGUAGCUGUCCGUGGACAGGUUUGAUAUCGGCUUUCUGGUUUGUUUGUAGCUAAGUUUUGUUAGCUCAUUACUGAACAUAGGCAGUACUAAUGUUACUGAUGCUACAUGAAGCUGUUUAUGCAGAUUCUCCCCGCGUGCUCUGCUCUAACUUGUCCUGUGUUUUAUUCCGCGGCGCCACAGUGCUGAGCUGCAGCAGCAGGGAUGCAGAUCCGGCUGCAGGGUCCCGGCUAUGCUGCCAGUCUGCUCACUGAGCUCAACCGCUGCCGCCAGUCGCACCGUUACUGUGACGUCCUCUUACAGGUCGGGAACCGCACGUUCGCGGCGCACCGCGCAGUCCUCGCCUGCGCUGGGACGUACUUCGGUAACCUGUUCUCUCGAAGUCCAGCCUCAACCACCACCGCCUUCUCUCUGGAGUUUAUCUCCCCAGCCAACUUUGAGAAAGUGCUGACGUUUGUCUACACUGGGGAGAUCUACACUGACCUCAUAGAUGUCGGUGUGGUCUAUGAGCUGGCCGAAAGGCUUGGAGUCAGUGAACUGGUGCGGGCCUGUCAUGUGACAUUUCCCGAUUUGCAAACUUCUGCAAGUUGUAAAGCCAACAGUCCUGCAGACAUCGCCCUUGACUCUAGCAUGGUUGCUGCUGGAGCAUCCUCAGUGGCAGCUGUUGGUGACGUAUCAGCAUCAUCCGCGUGUUCCACUGCAGCUUCGUGCUUGUCUCUGUCUUCUUCAGCGGGUCGCUCUGCUGCCCCGACGCCCACUGCCACUCCCUCACCUCUCUUUCAAGCGCGUGCCACCAGGAACGUACAAGAAUCUCACACUGGGGUUCUGUCUUUGGAUCUGAAGUCAGAAGACAUCCAGUCGCAUGUUGGAUAUGGGCAAAUGUCAGAUAAAGGUGAACGUCUUUUGACAAACCUGAACCAGUCUAGUCAGAGUGACGGCAUCCUGCCUGCAGAACCUGUGCUGCAGUUGAAGACUGAGCGGGGGCUGGAAACUGAGGAGACAAGAGGCAGCUCUCGAUCUGAGGCCUGUACCCCAACAUCAUCCUCAGGAGACACUCUAGGCAGCCAGCAGGUGCAAGCAGCGGAAGGUAGUGUGGUAGACGCACAGAGGAAUGACAGGCUCAUGGUUGGGGAGGGGGAGGAGAAGGGAGGAACUUGGGAAGACAGGGAAGCCGUCCAAGACAUUGGUGCAAUAGAGGGGUCAGUGGAGGAGCAGUGGAGACAGCUGGCGGGAGAGAUUAUCGAGCUAAGCGAUGAUGAGAACUUCAUGGUCGAGGAAGAGAUCGAGGAAGAUGACUUGCUAUGUGUGGCGAAUGGAAAGGAUGGCAAUUCACGCAACCAGGUGACAGAGAACAUGGUGUCAUGUAAAGCCUGCUCAGUGCAUUUCCCAUCAGACCCAGCUGUCAUUAGAAGUCAUGCUGAGACUCAUCUGACAGAGCUCGGGCUCUGCAGAGUGUGUGGGGCAUCGUUUUCAGACCAUGCUGCCGGUGUCACCCACUGCCUCUCCCACAUUGGGGUGGAACUCUUCACCUGUGAUAUGUGUCACCUUCACUUCUACUGCCAAAACAAACUGCUUCGCCAUCAGCGCCAGACGUCCUCCAGUUACACCGUACUGCAAGGAGUGCCGCUCAGUGGCAGCCAGGACCUGAGCCUUGAGCUGCAGUGCGCCAUGUGCACCAAAACCCUCAACAAGGACUUCCAGACAGUCAGAGAGCAUCUGCUGAGCCACGUGUGUCCCCAGAACCUGAGCUGUGGAGUGUGUCACGUUCCACAGCCGUCUCUGUGUUCGCUGCUUUGGCACGUCCUCACACAUCUCUCUCUGGCCAUUUUCACAUGCCCACACUGCACCCGCUGUUUUGUGGAGCGCCCCCUGUUGGACAAACAUAUGAGUACACAUGCUGACCAGGCAGCAGUAAAAAAGAGGGAGAGCUCAUCACAGAAGGCCUGCCUGGCUGAGGAAGGAGGGGUGACAGGAGUGGAGGAGUUGCAUUGUUUCCUUUGUCCACAGACCUUUCGCUCUUCCUCUGCCUUUCAUUUCCACCUCAGCCUGCACACAAACGAAUCCCCGGGAUGCGGAGGAGGUGCUGGGAACCAUGGCUGGCUGAGAAAACGUAAAGCGGACCAGUUUGUGGAGAACUCCUCCACAUCUCCACGGGAUGUUGGAGUUUUAGAUAAAAUGAGCAACUUGGGUUUGGGUCUGGCGAUGGGUUUGAAUGUUCCAGAGAAGUUUUUCCAGGAGUCAACACACAGCUUGUCAUCAGGGGGCCUGUCCAACAGGGGCUCAGUGCAGGAAGAGGGCGUCUCCACAGCAGGAGUUCGGGGGAAAUGGUAUCGUUGUCGCUACUGUGGCAAACGUUUCGCCCAUUCUGGGGAGUUCACCUAUCACCUCCGCAUUCACACCGGGGAGAAACCCUACCAGUGCAAAGUCUGCCUACGCUACUUCAGGGGCCGCUCCACCAUGAUCUGCCACCUGAAGACACAUGCUGGUGCUCUCAUGUACCGCUGCACUGUCUGUGGCCUUUACUUCUCCACGCUGAAGCUGGUGUCAUCACAUAUGGAGAUGCACAAGGACCACCUGCCCCAGGACUUCAACAUUGAGCAGACCUUCAUGUACAACGAUCACUCUAAAGAGCCACUUCCCCCUGUGGAAAGCUGAGUGGCUCAUGUCAGCUUGUGGAUCAGUCCUCCACCCUGUCCCAUACAGUACACUAACUCGAAGACUACACUAAAUUGCUGUGGACCAUGUGACAGACCAGGGCUGUAACUUUAAAAUUUAUUCCAAACGUGAUUGUGUAGUUUGUAGAAUGUCAAAGUUAAGAGUUCCUGUAACAGUUGAAGUCAAGCUGACAUCCUUACUUGUGCACAAGCCAGUUGGUGGCAGUGUGUCCUGUUUUUGUCAGUGAUUGAAGGGAGGCUGUUGGUUGUCUGUUACUUAGUCAAACAAGUGUUUAUUAAUGUAACUAAAGUAUCAGGAGUGCUUUUUCAUGUUAGUUACUUGGUGACUGAUAGUAACUCUGUUAUUAAUGUAGCACCCCAUUGCAACAUUUUUUAUUCACAGUAAGAUUUAAGGUCUAGUUAUGAUUUCACAGCUGUAACAUAACUACUCACACAAAGCAGCUGAUAUUAUUUCAAUUUAAAAUUGUAAAUUGGUUUAUUCAAAGGAACUUACAAGCUGAACUAACACCCAAAAUCAGCACCCGGAGGUUUAGGAUCUUCUCAUUCCACAGAGCUCAGUGUGGUCUUCCGGCACCGAACCCUGUGGGCUGUGGACAGCUUAAUCUAGCUACUGAACAUCAUUGUCUCUUCAAACUUGAUCACAUUCAAGGAAAUGUCUUACUCAAGUAAAUAACUUUAUGUUUAGGUGAUAACUACAGUAAAUAGAUAAAAUUUACAUUCAAAGACUUUAUUAAUCUGUAAAAUACAAAUGAUUGAGCAGUAAAGUCAUCCACAGUUCACACAUUUACUACAUUCAAAGAACAUGAUUGUCAGUUCAGAGUAUAAAGGGUUAAAUAAUCUCCUGUUUCCACCUAAAACUUUAACAUUAAUGUAAAAUGAGACAUUGUGCAUGAAGUAUGUGUUUUUGGCGCAAUGUAUCAUCUUAAAAACACAGUAUCAGGGAUCAUUUCAUUUUGUGACAGUAUAUUUGUGGUGUUAAUAAUUCUUGCAUCACUGCCUGAAUGAUGUUUCUUGUUUAGAGCACAUGAAGUUUGUUCUACUGUAGAAACAUAUAGUGCUCAUCACAUUUGUUUGUUACCUCAUAUUUAUGAUUUGUGAUCUUUUGUACAUUACCCACUGUGUCUGAGAUUAUAACUGUUGGUCUAAUUUCUAAAUGUUUUUCAACAGAAUAAAAGAAACAGACUUAUCA